AUGGUUUUUGACACAACCACUGCCAUGCCUGAGGGCAUGAUGUCAAAACUCCCGGCUGCUUUCAAAGGCCCGCUAGUCUGGUCAGGGGCUGAUUUCGAGAAAGAAGAGACAUAUACUCUGAAUCUUGACAAGAAUGAUGUUGGCGAGAUUGAUGCGGCACUCCAGAGCUUCAAGUCUCUUGGCCUCGAUGGAGACGAGGUUAACCAAGACAACUUCCGUCUUCCCAAUCUUGCGGCUGAGCUUGCGAAAAGUGCCAAAGAUAUCCACGAACAGCACGGCUUCUUCGUCCUCAGGGGUCUUGAAGGCGCAAAAUAUUCGGUCGAAGAUAGCACCACAAUCUACCUCGGCAUAGCGAGCUACAUUGCUGACAAGAGAGGAUUGCAAGAUCGCAAAGGCAAUGUCCUCUCCCACAUCACCGAUUCGAAGCUCUGGAAGGUCCCGGUUGAGGAGCGCCAUGGCAUCCACUCGAGCCAGGCUCUGCCUUAUCACAACGACAUGGGUUGCGAUAUUCUGGCUCUUCAAGUCCGGCACAUGGCAGAAAAGGGGGGCUACACCUACCUUAGCUCGGUCAGCACCGCAUUCAACGAGCUGCUUUCUGAAGCUCCUUGGGCGGCAGAGGCUUUGCUGGCUUCUGAUUGGCCUGUGCAAAUCUCGGGGCGUGGAGCAAAGUACUACUUAGCGCCCGCACUCGCCGACCACGACGGCAGAUUGAUGGCCAGCAUGGAUCCGAAUCGAUUUGGACCUCACCCGUCCAGCGGGCCAACCGAUAUCCCGCCUCUGACGACCACGCAGCUGUCUGCUCUUGAAAGAAUAUCAAAGGCCGCCUGCCGCUCGGAGCUGCGACUCCAUCUCAAGACGGGAGACUUGCUCUUUUUCAACAACUGGGCACUGCUCCACCGACGCGACUCGUACACCGACAGCGAGGAGACGUCCCGCCACAUGGUAAGGCUGUGGCUACGCAACUCGAAGCUAGGCUGGUCGGUGCCUGAGUCCAUGCGGCCGCCUUGGAAUGCGGCUUACGGAGACAAUGGGGUCCGGAACCGGCUCUAUCCUUUGAUUCCCAUGCCCGAGUACAAGGUGCCAAAAUACUCGGCUGGCUCUGCCGCAUUCGUCCUCGAGGAUAGUGAUGCCUCUGGGGACGAAGAUGUUCUCCCUUGA